AUGCCUGCCAGAACGCUGCCAACCUUCACUCGCGCUGAGGUCGAGUCGCACAACUCCAAGAAGUCCUGCUACGUCACCAUCGGCUCCAAGGUCUUCGAUGUCACCGACUUCGCCGAGGACCACCCCGGUGGCGCCGACCUCGUCUACGACUACGCCGGUCGCGACAUCGAAGACAUUCUGAAGGACUCGACAUCCCACUCUCACUCCGAAGCCGCAUAUGAGGUCCUGGACGACUCCAUCGUCGGGUUCGUCAUCUCCGAAAAGGCCGUCACUGCAAAUGGAAAUGGCAAGGCCAACGGCAAUGGCAACGGAGCUGCCAAGCAGGCCAACGGCGAUGCCGCCAUCGACGACGAGAACAAAACUGUCCACCCUCGAACUGGCAUGUCUUGCGAAGAAGACUUGAGCAAGGACACCGACUAUGACAACGACUACAAGAGGCACAAGUUCCUUGACCUGAGCCGUCCUCUCUUCCCUCAAAUCUGGUUCGGCGGCUUCAGCAAAGAGUUCUACCUCGACCAGGUCCACCGUCCUCGCCACUACAAGGGCGGCCAGUCUGCGCCUCUGUUCGGCAAUUUCCUCGAGCCUCUUUCCAAGACCCCAUGGUGGUUGAUUCCCACCGCCUGGCUGCCUUGCGUUACGUAUGGCCUCUACCUGUCCUCACAGGCCUAUGACAACCAGAUGUACCCCUUUAUGUAUUGGGUAUGCGGCAUCCUCAUCUGGACCAUUGUCGAAUACGGCCUGCACCGGUUCCUUUUCCACCUCGACUACUAUCUCCCUGACAACCGUGUCGGUAUCACCCUUCACUUCCUGCUCCAUGGCAUCCAUCACUACCUACCCAUGGACAAGUACCGACUCGUCAUGCCCCCGACCCUCUUCGUCGUGCUUGCGACCCCGUUCUGGUACCUUGCCCACACCAUCAUUCCCUACAGCUGGCAUGCUGCCACCGCUGUCUACUGCGGCGGCAUCUUCGGUUACGUCUGCUAUGAUCUUACACACUACUUCCUUCACCACCAGAACCUCCCCUUGUGGUACAAGGAGCUCAAGAAGCAUCACCUUGCUCACCACUUCCUCGAUUAUGAGCUCGGCUUUGGCGUUACCAGCAAGUUCUGGGAUAGCAUCUUUGGCACCGAGCUUGAUUACAGUGUGAAGAAGAACUGA